AUGACUCGGCGCAAUGCAAUUGAAUACCGGGAGGCACUACUCCACGACAUGCAGAAGAAAAAAGAGAAUCAACAUGAACUUGAGAGGUUGUAUCUGGAAGAGCAAGUGAAAGAAUGGCAGAAACAGGAUGCCCAGAUCCUCCGCGAAGAGGAAGGAAGACGACGACUGCUUGCGGAGGUGAUCCAGAGUCGUCAAGAGCUUUGCCACCACAAGGCCGCCGAGGCUGAAAGACUGGCGGACCAGAAGAAACAAGAACUGGCUGAGGUCAAGGAACACUUUCGGCAAUUUAAGGAAGAAGCUGCGAGAUCGAAACUCGAAGAAGAACGCAUGAAGGUCCUCUAUCGCACAGAGCUGAAUGAGCAGCUAGGGCAGGCCAAGGCAGAACGAGAAGAGGAAAAACGUCGAACUGAAGAGGAAACUGAGGCAAGGAAGAGAGAAGAACAAAGAAUUGACCAUGCUCUGGAACAAGAAAAGGCGAGGCAGGCGACACUUGAAGAAGCAGUGAAUAACAUGAGAAAACAACAGAAGGAGGCGAUGGACGCGACCCUUGCGAAACGCACGGCAGUCAAGCCAGCAGCUGUAGUUGCUCCUUGGGAUCGCGAGCACUAA